AUGUGGUUUUUCAACCAAUUCAAUUUGUCUGCGGAGUCCAACACGACAGUACUGAAGCCUACAUACAAGGACGUACGAUACAAGAAGAGCGACGAUUUUGUGAUCAAAGGGUCUUCUACUACAACCAUUCCAGGCACGAAUGAUCGCAAGAAAGAGCAAUAUAUCUCUCUCCAAGACCUUGGCCGAUUGAAUUGGCAUGAGUUCAGGAAUCACUUGACGGGCGAGAGUAUUGAUAAUACUUUCGUCUAUGGUUGUAAGCUUCAGGUUGUGUCCGCACAGAACGUUGAGACAGAAGAGCUUUCGGGCACCUACCUGAAGAGGGGAUGGGGGCGAUUCAGGAAGCGCAACAGAAGCCGACUCUUUCAAUAUCACCAAGCAAGCCUGGAUAUUCCAAUACCUCUCAUGGGCGUCCCGGCGAGAUCUUGA